UGAUGAUUUGAUUGGAUAUAUGAUCAGAAAGAACUGAGUGUAUUUUUAUGAAUAAGAAGAAGAGAGGAAAAGAGGAAAAGAGAGAGGAUUGCACAUCUGGAAAUGUUGGUAUUCGUCAUUCGAUAUUUUCAGCAACUGAAUUGAACAACACAUUUUGUUGUACAACGCUGUCUGGAAAACAUCUCCCUUCCCUCUGGCAGAAGAAUCGCAGUGUGUUUCAGUUGGACAGACUGGACAGAGCGCAGCCGACACAGCGACGGUGUGAGUGGAGCAGAGAGAACCGAGGAUGGGGGGCGGAGGUCAGCAGACGGAGUCAAGCGAGCCGGCCAAGGGUGACGGGGUUGGGCCCGGUGGAGGGCGAGGUGGCAGUGCAGUCUACACCUGGGAAGAGGUUCAGAGGCACUGCCACAGAGGCGACCAGUGGUUGGUCAUCGACAGGAAGGUCUAUAAUAUUACCCAGUGGGCGAAGAGACACCCGGGGGGCAUCAGGGUCAUCAGUCACUUUGCUGGAGAAGAUGCCACGGAAGCAUUUUCCGCAUUCCAUCCUGAUCCGAAUUUUGUCAGGAAGUUUCUGAAGCUGUUGCUGAUUGGAGAGCUGGCACCGACAGAGCCCAGCCAGGACCAUGGGAAAAAUGCAGCACUGGUGCAGGACUUCCGGGCCUUGCGCCACCGUGUGGAGAGUGAGGGUCUGCUCCGUGCCCGUCCCCUCUUCUUCAGCCUCUACCUGGGCCACAUCCUGCUACUAGAGGCCCUGGCUUUGGGCCUGCUCUGGGUCUGGGGGAGCAGCUGGAGCCUCACACUGCUCUGUUCCCUCAUGCUGGCCACGUCUCAGGCCCAGGCUAGCUGGCUGCAGCAUGACUUCGGCCACCUGUCAGUCUGCAAGAAAUCCAGUUGGAAUCACGUACUGCAAAAGUUUGUAAUUGGACACCUAAAGGGUGCCUCUGCUAACUGGUGGAACCAUCGUCACUUCCAGCACCACGCUAAGCCCAACGUGUUUAGUAAAGAUCCUGAUGUCAACUCACUGCAUGUCUUCGUCCUGGGAGACAAACAGCCUGUAGAGUAUGGUAUAAAGAAGUUGAAGUACAUGCCCUACCAUCACCAACACCAGUACUUCUUCCUCAUUGGACCUCCACUACUUAUUCCAGUGUAUUUCCACAUCCAGAUAUUGCGGACCAUGUUUUUACGACAGGACUGGGUGGAUCUGGCGUGGUCGAUGAGUUUCUACCUUCGCAUCUUCUGCUGUUACUAUCCCUUCUUUGGUUUCUUUGGCUCAGUAGCAUUGAUCAGCUUCGUCAGGUUUUUGGAAAGCCACUGGUUUGUAUGGGUGACCCAGAUGAAUCACCUUCCUAUGGAGAUGGAUCACGAGCGACAACAGGACUGGCUCACCAUGCAGUUGAGUGCUACUUGCAACAUUGAACAGUCAACCUUCAACGACUGGUUCAGUGGACACCUCAACUUUCAGAUUGAACACCAUCUGUUUCCUACCAUGCCCCGUCAUAACUACCACCUGGUGGCUCCUCUGGUUCGUGCUUUGUGUGAGAAACAUGGAGUUCCCUACCAGGUCAAGACUUUGCAGAAAGGCAUCACUGAUGUUGUCAGGUCACUGAAGAAGUCAGGGGAUCUGUGGCUGGAUGCGUAUCUCCAUAAAUAAAUCCCUUCCUGACUCUGGACGGGAUUUAAUCCAUCGCAGAUUAACGACCUGCGAACAGAGAGGACAUUUCCUAGACGUUUGUGUUGAUAAUGAUCGCUGCAAACAUCGUGGAUGUUAGCUCAAGCGUAAAUCACCUUUUUAAAAAGUCAAUCACAGUGCACAGGUCUGCAUGUCAAACUUGAUGUCUGGUGUGAAA